CAAUGUCAAAUCAUCAUUCACUUCUUCAGUGUCAUCCAAUCAUCGACAACAGCUCGACCGCAGUUCAGUUUUUGUGGAUUAACCCGAUUUUCAAGGAUUAUCUUCGAUCAAACUCAACAACAACCAAAAAAACAAAAUAAAAAUGGCCGCCCAACAAAAAGUCAUCUGCUCCUUGUUGAUUGCUUGCUUCCUCUUCAACGCUGUCUUGUGCGACACAAUCCCCAGCGAUGAGACACCUGAAGGAGAUGUUGCUGAGGGUCGCACCUUUGGCCAUCACUUCCUGAAACGCAUGAGCUUUGCUGUGGUGCCCGGUGCCUUUGUUGUGGGUGUCAUCACCACCCUUUUGGCUGCCUUGACCGUCGUCUCCAUGAAGGGUUUGGGUGUCGGUGUCAUCUUGUUGGUCUUGGCCAUCGGUCAAAUGUUGUCUCGUGCCAUUCCCACCGUCCAAGCUGCUGCCUACCAUGCCCCCGCUCCCGUACCCGUAGUCUACUCUCACAGUCACACCCAACAACCCGUCUGGUUGGAAAAGGAAUGGUAAACAAACAUAUGACGACCGUCUCCCUCCUCAAAUAUCCCCACGAUCCCACAAGUUUUGGAUACCUCGUUUAGUCGCAGAGCAAUUGUACUUUGAAUCACCCCCUCCUCCCUAGCCCAGAAUGUGUGGGAUUGGGUCUUUAGAUGGUGCAAUUGUUGCUGUUGUAAAUGUGCACGCUACCAAAAACUAAUUUUAAGUUUUAGUUUAUUUUAUUUUAGUUAUUUAUUUAUUUAUUAAAUUAUUUAUUUUUAUUUAUUUAUAAAAAAAAAAAUGAAAAAACUCCAAAAAAAUCACGAAAUUUUUGUUGGUUAUCCAUCAACAAAAGAAAUGCAAUAAAAUUCGAUAUUUAUUUAUUUUCAAAA